AGCGGCAAGAACGGUGUGUCCCUUUCCAUCCACUUACCAUCGUGUUUUGUUUUAUUUUAUAAAAUUAUAUGCUUUUCUUUUUGCAACAACGUAUAGUUCUUGUUUGACGUGGUAUGCUUGUAUUUUGUGUAUUAUAAAAGCAUAAUUUUAAUAGUGUGAAAUUUCUCAGCUUGGUUUUAUGUUCAAUUUGAACAUCAUAACAACAAAAAAGAAGUGAUAGUUUAGUCUACUGUGGAAUAUUAUUUAUUAUUUCGCAUGCUGAACUUCCUGUGGGUGGUUCGUUGCUACACUCAACUGUGUUACUUUUUGCACUUUAGGGGUGAUAUAUUUAUUACGUGAAAUUUUGUUGUUGUGUGAAAUACUCUAAAAAAAGCAUCAACGUCGGGAGUAACGCUUGGUAUAUAUGUUUUCAAACUGAAGUUCCUAUUUUAAAAGUGUGACGUUUGAUUUUUAUGUGUUACUGUGAUUCGUCGAAACUGUUGUAAACUUUUAAGAUCGUGGUUUAAAAUUAGAAAAUAUUUUGAAAGAAAUCAUUUUUAGACUACUUUGUUGGAGAAUGAACGUACCAUAUAGUUGAAAAUAUAUGUCUUAAAAUCGUAUUGUGAAAUUAAACGUCUAAUCUAAGAGUUAUAUAAGUAACUUAUUUUUUACACGUAAUAUUAACGAAAGUACUUUCCAUAAGAAUAUCUAGCACAGGAUUUUGCUAACAAACUCUAGAUUUCUUAGUCUAGAUAGGUUAGUUAUUUAAAAAUUGUGUCUGAAAGUUGAAUGUUUUGAAUUCUUGGAUUAUUUUGUCUAGAAAAAUGGUAGUCUAUUUAAAAAGGAAAACAGUAUUUUUAACUGUAAAAAUUAUGAGAAGUUAAGAAAACUCUUUGAAAUGUUAAAUUAAUAGUAGAAUUUUUUGCAUGUAGAGCGUUACUGUUUAAGCACAAAAAUAUUAGCGAUCACUUUUGCUUAAGAGUUCCUGGUUAAUUAUUAUGAAAGUUUACUAAUGAGCGUAACUUUAACAUCAAUAGUGUUGUGAACAAAACUUUUAGAAGAAUUGUGACUGAAAGCUGGUGAUUAUUUUGAAUGAAUCAUUCUUGGAUUACAUGGCCGAGAAACGAAAGUUUAAUUCAAACAAGACAUUUUCAUUUUAUCCACUUAAAAUCAUAAGUGUUGUAUAAAAUUAAGUAUCUGAUUUAAAUGUUAAAUUUUCUGUAAAAUUUUUCAAAUCAGCGUCAGCUUUUUUGGCUGUGAAUACGAAUUACUUAUUUGCAUGGGAGUUUCUGGUUUUGUUAUCACGAAAGUUUAAUAACAAGUUUGAGAAGCACCGAUGUAGAACUAUCUUAAUUCAUCGUGCGUACGACUGAAUGUGUGUGUGCCACCCAAGGUUGCUGCAGUAAUUGACAAUGCCCUCGGCCCCGUUCAUUGUCCUGUCCGCAUGUGUGUAAAAUGUAGAUUAAGAUAGUGCAUAAAAGGAAGUACAAAAAUAAUAUUGCCCAAAACUGAGUCACCUUGAACUGGCCCAAGACAUGCAGUGAGAUGAAGACUACUGGUAUGGUUUGUUGGAACGCACCUUUGGAAGUGGACUGGAUUGAUAUUCGUCAGCAGUUAAAUGAGCAGUUAAAAUGCUUGGAUGUGCGAGUGGAAACACAAGUGAGCCUGGUAUCGGAGAUCCAAGACUAUUUCCGACGAAGAGCAGAAGUGGAAUUGGAGUACUCGAAAUCUUUAGAGAAACUGGCUAAAGGUCUUGUACUUAGACAUAAAACUGAAAAACAGAAGAGGGAUCAAUGGCAUUUGUUUUCUUCUUAUGCAUGCUGGCAGCACUUGAUCUCUACCACACGUCGACAGAGCAGAGAUCAUGCAGCCAUUAGUGAAAUUUAUGCAAACACUAUCAUUAAUAGAAUGACAUGUAUAAUGGAGGAUGUGCAGCGUAUUUACAGAAGGUGCAGAGAAGUUGGUAUUGAAAUUCAUGAUGAACUUCUGAAAGUUUUACAUGAAUUACACACUACUAUGAAAACUUAUUAUACUUACCAUACUGAAGAAAAGCAAGCAGAGGGUAAGCUAAUGUAUGUAGAAGCUCAAAAAAGCAAACUAGAACAAUCUAUUCCCAAAGAAAAAUUACAGAGGUCAAAAAAGUUUCGGCUAAUUGAAAAAGAAAUUCAAAAGCGUCGACUGAAGUAUAAUGAUGCCAAGCUGAAAGCAUUAAAAGCUAGAAAUGAUUAUUUAUUAUGCAUGGAUGCAAGUAAUGCAGCCAUUCACAAAUAUUUUGUGGAUGAUUUAUCCGAUAUCAUUGAUUGCAUGGAUUUUGGAUUUCACACAUCACUCGCUCAUACUCUCAUGGUUUCCAUUAAUGCUGAAGAGUGCCUUAAAAAGUCCCAACAAGCAAGCAUUGAUGGGAUGAAUAAGUGCAUUACUAAUCUAGAUUCAAGAGUUGACAAGCAGCGAUUUUUAGAGUACAAUAACUCUGCUUUCAUGGUGCCAAAGAAAUUUGAAUUUCAACCUCAUAAAGGCGAUGAGGUGACACAGAUUUGUGUUGAAAAACCCAUCCAGGAAGAGCUAGAACAACGAUUUAAAGUGGUCAAUAACCGACUUACUUCCCUUAAAACUGAAAGUGAAGAGAUCUGGAAAACAUUAGAAACGGCUGAGAAGACUCUCUUAGAGAUGCUGAGUACUAAAGAUUUUGAUUGCACUGCUAUGUUUGAAGAAGAUUCUGCAAACAGAAAUGGUUUAAAACAGCCUGAAACACUUGCCUUAAAGCGUAGAGCUGAUAAGCAAGAGACAGAGGAUUUUUACUUAAAUAAAUUCUCCGAAUAUAUCAUGACAAAUAACUUGAUUGCUCGACUUCAAGCAAAAUCAGAUUUGAUUCGUCGUGGCCUUGGUAUUGAAGGAGAAGAUCAAUCAAUUGUGCCUGGUGGAGCAUCACCGCAUAUUGCUGUUCGUCCCCAUAACUUACCUCAGAGGCUUCGGAAGAAACGUAUAGGUCGCACUCCUCUUGUUGGGCAACCUAAGCUAUUUGGGGGAAGUUUAGAGGAGUAUUUAGAAGCUACUAAUCAAGAAAUUCCUUUAAUCAUAAGAAGCUGUAUUCGGGUUAUAAAUUUAUAUGGACUUCAUCAUCAAGGUAUAUUUAGGGUAUCUGGUUCACAAGUUGAAAUAAAUAACUUUCGAGAAACAUUUGAAAGAGGUGAAGAUCCAUUGGCAGAUGUUUCAGAUGCUAGUGACAUAAAUUCUGUUGGAGGUGUUCUGAAACUGUAUUUAAGAGAGCUGCGGGAACCACUUUUCCCAAUAUUUUAUUUUGACCAGUUGGUUGAAAUUUCUCAAGUUGAAUCUAAAAAAGAAUUCAUCCAUCGAGUUAGAGAAGUUGUUAGCAAUUUGCCUAGAUCAGUUGUAGUUGUUCUACGAUAUUUAUUUGCAUUUCUAAAUCAUUUAUCUGAGUUCAGUGAUGAAAAUAUGAUGGAUCCUUAUAACUUAGCAAUUUGUUUUGGUCCCACUCUUUUGCCCAUACCUGAAGAUAAAGAUCAAGUUCAGUAUCAAAAUUUAGUGAAUGAACUUAUUAAAAACAUAAUUAUUUAUCAAGAAGAAAUAUUUCCAGAUGAUGGAGGAAUUGUUUAUGAAAAAUAUAUUAGUACAAAUGUUCCUGAUGAAAAUGAUGUUGGGGAUUCUCCACCUGAUCCUGUUUCGGAUUUGACUGAAGAUUCAGAAGUAGAUACAGUUCAAAGUGAAGAUGAUGCAGUAUUUCCUGAACAAGAGAUAGCCUUCAAUUUGUUUGGCAAAACUGAAGUGAUGGAAGCCGUUGCACAAUUUGACUUCAAUGCUCGUUCACAAAGAGAGCUUUCUUUCAAGAAGGGCGAUACUCUUCUCUUACAUAAUCAGGUAUCAAAUGAUUGGUGGAAAGGGAGUUUCCUAGGAAGGGAAGGUCUUAUUCCAGACAAGUACAUCCUCUUAAAAAUUAGAGAUGAGGAUAAAGAUAAAAGCAGCAUGGAUGGUAGUGAAAAAAGACGAACUAGCAGCAGCAGUGAUUCCCUCUCUGGAAUUAGUCAUAGCCCAAAGUCAUUAUCAACAUCUGGUGCUCCUGAGGACUGCAGCUCUACCUCCUCGUUGGAUCGCAGGAGCUUGAACAGUCUUCACCCACAAACUCCAGAAUGGGAAGGAUCUCAACCAUUCCCAGCCAAACUUGGAGAUCCAGUUUGUGGAGAUUCUGAAAACAAAGGGCAAGAUAGUGCAAAACUUCCUGAUCCUCCUGACUUGGAAACCGCUCAUGAUAUAGAAAGAGAGACUGCAAUCGUUGGUUGCCAGACAUAUGAAAAUUUUGAAAGGAGAUCAAAGAAAGCUUGCAGUGAUGCACCCGAUCUUGUUCUGGAUCUUCCUAUCAAUCUACCUAGUCCGAUUUCAGGGACCAAAAAUAACAAAAGCCCUACAGAUGAUAACUCAGUUCUGAGCCCAGCAAGCAGUACUGAUAGCCCUGAGCUCACGGCAGCUGAGAGAUUUGCCAAAUCUAAUCAGUGCACAAUGAAAAAAGGAACUAUGUCACGUAGUGCAAGUCAUGUUACUGGUCCCCAGUCUUUAGAUGCACAAACCCAAACUUUUUAUGCUGUUCGGCGUAGUGCAAGUACAGGGGACAACUUGGGACCUGCAUCACCUGAGUUAGCUCUCGAUUCCAAAGAGAAAACUAUACAACACAAUGCACAAUCAGAACAGAUUCCAUCAGCACAGAUUAGUAAUAACUCUAUUCGAGCAGAAACUGUUGAAUUGAACUGGGGAACAAAGACAGAAAAAGUGGAUGUACAAAAUAAACCUAGUGAAAGUGAAAUACUUCCAGAAAAAACUGAAACUGUUAGUGGUGGUGGAGUGUCUUCUUUUAAACCACCUAUAAAAAGUAAACCUCCUCCAGUCAUGAAAAAACCUAAUCGUGAACAAAUCAAAGCACAAGAAGUAUAUCAGCAAACAGCAUGUUGAGUUAAACAGUGCUCCAUUUCAAAAGGUAAUAAUUGAGUAGUUAUACCUAAUUACUGUUAUAGAUCUUUUAUAGACAGAAGCAAGACUUAAACUGGAUCAGCUGUUUGUUUUUAAGCUGUAUAAGACUUCUUUUCUAUGAUUAGAAUUAUCUUUUAGAAGGUAUGCUGAUUAAAUGUUGAAAGUAAAAAUUGAUUGUGAUUUCUGAUUGUGUUAGAUUUUGGUCUUUGGUGGUUUCAGCAGUGAAACUCUUACAUGUGUUUAAGUUCCUGACUAAAACUGAGAAAAAUGUACAAGUAAUGAGAAUCGGCUGUUUCUGUGUAAACUGCCUUCUUAAUCCAUUUUUAUAGUUUUUAAGCAGUGUUUUAUGUUGUUGAAUCAAUGCCAAUGCUUUAUUUCUAAAUUAGUCAAUGUUUCAACAAAAUGCUUUUUUUUUUUUUUUUUUUUAAAUCUGUGUAGUCUACUUUCUGUGUAUGUUUUCAGCCUAAUGGGUUCCUCUGCCAGUCAUGUGGUAUAUGUAUUUAUAAGAUAAACAGUGAAAAGCUAAACACACAGAACUGUUGGAUUCCAUGUAACUGUUUCUGUUUUGUAUGUCAAAAAUGAGAUAAAUUGAUCACUUUAUGCCGAUUUAAUUCUUUAUAUUUGAAAUGUAUAAAAAUAUAAGAUAUACGUAUUUUUAAAUAAAAUAUAUUCAGUCAAUUUGGAAAAAUUGCUUGAAUAUAUUUUAUUUAAAAAUAUGUAUAUCUUGGUAUAUUAAAUAGUUUAUAAAAACAACUGCUGGAAAAAUUACUAUGGAAAAUCAAGGAAUUUUAUAGUUCAGAGUUUACAUGUAUAUUUUAUAUUACUAGUAUUUAAACAGUUGCAUAUUGUGAUUAAUAAGUAUUAUUCCACUGGAAAAGUGCACAUAUUUUAGAAUUUUGACAGCAAUUUUAAAAAUUCAGUGUUUUUAUGUUGAUAAAAAUAUGUAUUUCUAUAUGAAGUAUGUAAAGUAAUGCGAAAUUUGUAUGCUGUUUUCUAUGAUAAAAGUUUUUGAUAAGAAUGUCCGUUUACAGAAAUCAAGGUAAUGUUUGGAUUAUAUGUGUUUUUAGUACUUUUAACAUUAGUUUUAAGGAUUUUCCCUUUUACUCAUAUCUUUGUCUCCCCAAUAUGUAUGUCACAUUCAUGCAACUCCGUAUGAAUUUUAUUUAUAUAAUAAUCUUGCUAAAUAUUCUGUUUAUUAUUUCUUUUCAGAACAUAAAUUUCUUUUACAUUCACUAAAUUAUAAUUUGAAAACAAUUGCAAUUUUCUUUUUUUAACUCUUGGAUAUGUUUAAAAAAGACUGCUUACCUAACAUGAACAUAGUGAUCAUAGAACAUAUGAUUCCAGUUUGACAAAUGACCAGUAUUGUAACAGCAAAACCUUUUAGCAAAAAUGUGCAAUUGUAAAUUUUGGCUAUUCCUCCUUAAAAAAGAAAAUUAUGAAAUAAUUAAUAUAAGGAUCAACUAUAAAAUAUUUCGGCGAAUGGGACUGUGCUUGGUCCUGGAAGAAAUUAUCAAAAUUAUGAGCUAAACUGCUCUAAAGAAUAAUAUAUCAGGUCUAGGAAUUGUUUGCAUUCCUACUAAAGGUGUGUCUAGAGGAAUUUAUUUCCAGUAUAAAGAUAUAUCAAAAUUUUACAACAAAAAAAUACCAUGGGUAGCCUAUAAAUAAAUCAGAAUUUGUAAGUAAUAACCCCAGGAUUUUAAUUUUUUAUCUUGGACAACUUUAACUUUACAAAGAUUUUGAAGAAUGUUCAACUAAUUUGGAAAUGGAACAUCUUUUUCUUUUACAUGUUUAAAAAUUAUUUUUCUAUUGAAAAAUGAUCAAACUUAUAUUGCAGUUUGAAAGUUUCCCUUUUCUUAAAUUGGAACCCUAAGUCUAUGAUUAACAUUUCUAAAGAUGUUAUUAAGCAUGCAAUCAUUAUUUAAACAUCCUGCAGAAUGUUCGUUAAAUUAGGUGUAAUAAUUGUAGCAAAUAUCACAAUUAGAGAUCCUUUCAGACAUUUGAAAUUCAAAAUAUGUUAUAGUUUUCAGACAUUUAUGUGCGCAAUACUACAAUAGUUUCAUUUGGGAAAAAUAUCCUUUAUGAAGAAUUUUUAAUUUAAUAAGACAUUUUUCUUACAUAUAAAAAUAAUUUUGAUGUAUUUAAUAUGUAAAAUAUAGCUGGAAUUUUGCUAGUUUGUGUAUAGUGAAAUUCGUAUAUUGUGUUUUAUAUAUUACUGCUCAAUAUGUCUGCCUUGUGCACAAUAAAAAAAAAUAUCCAUUA